AUGACUGAAGUUGAAUUACCUAUUUCGGAACCUGUUGUACCCAAACUUAGCAUUCGGUCAGCACGAGCACCUAAUCCUUUUACUAUCCGUCCAGAAGAAUUAGAAUUUGAAUCAGCAGCAAUCGAAUCAGAACGAAUUAAAACAGAAAGAAGGAAUUAUCUUAAAUUAUCCGUAGUAGAACGGAACAAACUUCUUCAACCCAAAGUUCCCUUACGUCAAUACAGUCCUAGAAUUCAACAUUCUUCAUCUCCAGUUUCUGCAAGACAAUUUAAUAAAGAUACAUACCAUAGAAAGCAAAGAAUUGAUGAGAAGAUAGCCGAAAAGCGUGAUAUAUACUUAAUUCAAUUGAUUUUAAAUCAAAAAGGAAAAAAUCUUGAUCAACUUGUUCAACAAAUGGAAAAUGAAAAGGAAAUGGUAGAAGUAACAGAAAAUAAGAUCAUUGAGGAAUCGCAUCAGUGCCAAAGAGAGUCUGAUCGUAUAGAACUCGAAUUACAAAAAGGAAGGAAACGAGCAGAACAAGCAACUCAAGCCAGAGUUGAUAUUGAAAAAGUACUUCAUAAGAGAGAUAAUAUUAAUGGGGUCAUUCAGUCAGAAAUAUCAAGAAAUGAAGAUUAUUUGAUUCAAUACCAACAAUACUAUGAAUUCCUUCAACAAGUUAAACCAGAUAACAUGGAAUUAGAAGAUAUGUUCAAAGCUCCAGAUAUCCUUAUUAAAAUCAUUGAAAAUGAAGAAAGAGAUAAUCUUUUCUUGAAUCAGCAAUUAGAUAUCCUUGAAGACAUGGCUAGUAGAGGAAAUGAUACAGCAGAACACCAAUUGGUUGACUUAAAGACCACAAUUUCCAAUUUGGAGUCAACAAUAAAUAAAAAUAUUAUUCCUGUUCUUAAAUCUUACGAAGAAGACCCUGCAAACCAAGAACCAUCUGAAGAAGAGACAACAACCAGAGAACCAACAGAAUUGGAGCUUCUUUCCAGCCGAGUUCUGAAAUUAUUUGUUGAUUGCUUCAAGAAACGCGCCAGUCUUACUCCUAUUGAAUGUUUGGAGCGAUUAGAAGCCAAACUUGAGGAAUUCUACAGAGAAUGUGAUCGUGUCAAUCCAGAUUUCAUCCGAGAAAAGCAAAACAUCAUAGAUAACGCCAGAAAAGAAGAAGCAAGGAAACAAAUCAUCAUUGAACGUGAAAGGAUGCUUCUAGAGAAGAAAGAGCACGCGUUGGCAAGAGCAACAAGGCCAAUAAAGAAGAGAACAGGAAGAAAACUAAUGGAGAGAUAUUUCCCGAACGUUGUAAAGAAGAAAUCAGACGAACAGAUUCUUUUGCAACAGAAAGAGAAAGAAAGAAUCCAGAACCUUCUUUACGGCGAAGAAAAUUAA